AUAAAUAAAACACAAAUUUGUCGCACUAGGAUUGGGACCGCAACUUAAGCUGGUUACACAGCAGCGUGGUCGGCAGAGAUUUACUUCAACAAACUUUGGGGCUAGCUGCAAGUUCUGAGUGAAUGGACGUGUCGUCAAAGACGGGUUUAGUAAAUUUGUCUCAAGAUAUUGAAGAACUAUGGAAUGAAUGGCAGAUUCGCUCAUUAAUGUUAAUUGGUCUCCUUCUUCAAAUCAUCCUCACCAUUUUAGGAGAACGACGGAAGUAUACUGUUGGGUUCGGCGGGGAUUUUCUUUGGUUAGCAUACUUGUCCGCAGAUUCGGUGGCAAUCUUUUCAUUGGGUAUCCUUGCUCGCAGCGUAGCCAACUCCACAAAUCCGAACUUGAUUCCAGUGUUUUGGGCACCAAUCCUUCUAGUUCACAUUGGUGGCCCUGGAACUAUCUCUGCUUAUUCAAUGCAUGAACUCGACAAAUUAUUGAUAAAUCACCUUCUUCAGCUAGUAACUCGAGUUGGAGUGGUUGGUUAUGUCUUGUUCAGGUUGAGAGAAAAUGCCUUCAUGUUGGUAGCCAUUCCCAUCUUUAUUUCAGGAAUGAUCAAGUAUGGUGAAAGGAUUUGGGUUUUCAAAAGAAACAAGGAAUCCGAUAAUUUGACACAGCAACCUUCUGCAAAACGAUCUUGCAUCCACAUGCUGUUUCAAAAUCUUGAUCUCGUCAAUUUGGAUCAAACCGUUGCCACCUAUGAUCUGGUUUCUGGAAAGAAAGCUGAGGAAGCCUUCCAGUUGACAGAAAUUGAGCUGGGACUCAAGUAUGAUCGCCUUUAUUCUAAGGUGGCAACGGUUUCCUGGCCUCGCUUCAUUCUCCGCUCAGUCACUUUCUUAUCCUCUAUUUUUGCUUUAGUUUCCUUCUCAAUAAUGAUAAAGAGCAAGACUGACUAUUCGAAAAACGAUAGAAUUAUAUCUUACGUGUUGCUGAGUGGAGUUGUCUGCCUUGAAAGUUACUCUAUCAUUGGGCAUCUCUUUUCCGACUGGACUACGAUUUGGCUUAGUAGUUGGAAAAAUGGAUCUCUUAAUCUCUAUACAACCCGUUGUCUUAGUUGUCUACACAAAGACCCAUAUCAAAAUCUACAGGAAUGGUCCGGUUUGAUUAAUGGAAAUUUUCAGCGACGUGCUAUUAACCUCCUCUGCAAAGGUCUGUACUGGUCAAUUUGGAUAGCGCGCAACCGCCUAAUCUUUGAAUCCAAGGCUCCGGAUUGGGAUAUGAUUUUUGAUCUCACCUUUUACCGUUUGGCCUUCUGGUUGAAGUCUUCAGUUAGAAAUUUCAGCUACGCAGGCUCAGAUCUUUUUAGAAAUCCAGAAUGGAAUUGGAAAGUAGAUAGCAGGGAGAAGGUGGACAAGGAUUUAAAAGAAUUGAUCUUCAAACAAAUCCUGCAUAGACGUUCGAGGUACGAUCCUUCUACCAAUAAUAUCCUUGACCUCCUUGGGCUAUUGGAAGAGAGAGGACGCAAUGUGCUUCAAAGCAAGGGUUGUUUCGAUAAAUUGGGAUGGAGUGUGGAUGAUGCAGAAUUCAGUCAUAGCCUCCUCACUUGGCACAUUGCUACUCAUGUUUGUUACAUUGACGAUUCCAAGAAGAACGUUUUUGUGAAUCAUCAAAAUUGCGCAAUGAGCAGAUCAUUAUCUAACUACAUGUUGUAUCUCCUGGUUCAAUGUCCAAAUAUGUUAGCGAUGGAGCUCAGCGGAACAAGGUAUACUGAAACUAGAAUUCAUUUGCAUCGUCUCCUAUUGAUCAUCGGGAAUCCUCAUAAAGAAAAUGAAAAGAAAUGGAAAAAAAUUUCCAUGGAUAAAUUGGAUACAUUAUCGUUUCCCAAAGCUCAAGUGAAAUUUUUUUUCUAUGAAUUGCUUCAAAGUCCGUCUACCAUGUUAAAAGAAAUUAGAGAUCAAGGGGAAGAAAAGUCAGCCCUACUAGAUGGUUGCAUGCUUGCUAUGUCAUUGCAGUCAUUGGAGUCACUGGAUGGUUGGUCAAAUGAAAAGAAAUGGGAAAUGAUAAGUGAACUGUGGGUGGAAAUGCUGAUGUAUGCUGCAAGCCAUUCUGGAUGGAAGGAGCAUGCUGAUGCACUUGCCCGAGGUGGGGAGCUACUCACUCAUGUCUGUCUUCUCAUGGCACAUCUCGGUUUAAGUAAGCAAUGUCCACCUGAUGUAAGUAAACAAUUAGUUGAUUGGUCUGAAAGGCUUGAUGAUUCUCCCUGGCUCUGGGUAUGA